AAACGUCAUAACAUUCAUUUUUUAAAGAUAAACCGAAAUUGGUAGCAGCGAGAUGGGAGUCUUAAAUGUAAUCAACCUACUGUUCAGUCUGCUGUUUGCAUGUUUCUAUGUCGUAUCUAUGCAGGAUCUCGAAGCGCCUACGUUCAACAGAUCGUGUACAAGUUCCGACGAUUGUCUUGGAUCGGAAAUGUGUAUGUUUGACUUUUGCAACCAGUCUAAAUGUGCUUGCAACAUAGAUCACUUUUACAAUGGACAAUCGUGUGAAUUAAAGAAAAGGUUUGAGGACGAAGAAUGUGAAUACUGUAACCAAUGCUCCACGUGGUUGUCAGUGUGUGACACGACACGGGAUAAACCAGUUUGCACGUGCCGACAAGGUCAUUUCUAUGAUGAAGCUACAGACAGUUGUACAAAUAUUGAAAUAUGUCCAAAAGACGAGACUUUCAUCUUCUCUAGGGAGGAUAACGUAUGUUACAGUGUUAAUCUAACCUGUACAGACUGCACAAACUGGCAGGAUGCUUGCACCGAGAAUGAUUCUAUUCCUCUACAUUUUGUUGGAAAUAUGCGAGAGCAUUUCAUCAACAGGCUUUGGUCAUUUGGCUUCUACUCGUACACAAAUGCUUCAGAAGCUAACUUAAAUGAUGAAGAAGCUGUUAUUGUUCUUUCCAAUACGUUUGACUUUACAAGUCCUACCGAUGUCACACCAGUCUGGUACUGGCCAAACGGAGACAAACUAGAUUUGGACAUAGACGACUCUGAAUGGUCAGUGUCAAGUUAUAACACAACGGAUACUGGAUGUCUGUACAUGCGAUAUGAUGGCUGUCAAUCAGUAUUUAAGGCAUCAAGACAAUGCACCUUUAAGAAAUCUUAUCGCGGGUGCCUCAUACAGUUACCUAAUGCGUAUUGCUAUGAGGACGUGGACGAGCGAAAUACUACAUGGGAAUAUACUGAAGGUGGAUCAAUCUUGACAAAAUCAUGCCCUAUCGGAUAUGCAGGUACCGUGACGCGCGAAUGUACCAGGUCUGGUGAAUUUAAGAAGCCAUACUAUAAUUGCACAUUAGCUCUGUUAAAGGACGUCACUGAUCUGCUCGAGAAUGGAAACGUAAGCGCCCAAGACGCUUUAGCGCAAGUCAGUUCUAAAGUUACACAAGUUGAAGAUCUAUAUAUUGGUGACCUACUUCAAGUCCAAAAUAUUCUUGAGAAAGUUGUUGAUCUUUCUGAAAACGUCACAAUAUCUGAAAAUUCAACAAAUGAUUUUCUUGAAACAGCAAGCUUUAUUCUUGAUCAUGAAAAGAAUGGAAAGGAAUGGGAAAGCCGAGUUGAAAACGAAGACAAAGGCGCCGAAGGUAUUUUAACGAGUGUUGAGAACUUUGCUCAGCGGGUGGCAGAGUCAUUGGUGAGGAGCAGCACAUCGUCACUGACAGUAGCAAAACCAAAUAUAGUGUUACAAUACGCUGCUGUUGACACAAACAAGACUGACUCGGAAGGUAUAUCAUUCCCAACGAACCUUCAAGAUUCGCCUGAAUGGAAUGACACAACCACAUCUUCUUUGUAUUUGAACUUGGCCUCAUUUUUAGACCAGGGAGUAGAGGCUUUCACGUGUCUUCUGUACAGAAAUUUGUCAAAAUCGGUUCCACGAACACUUCAAGGCCAAUCAGAUACAACAAGGAUCGAAAUCAACUCUCAAGUAGUGUCUUUCCAAUUACUGCCAGAGGCUCCUAAAAUUUUGGAUCCCGAACUCGAACUGGAGUUCCAAGGCUUCAAGGAUACGAGUUCCAGUGAACAACAUUGUGCAUACUGGACGACGGAUGUAUUUGGUAACGGAUUUUGGUCCACUGAUGGGUGUCGAAAGGUUUCUGGAAACAGCAAAGUAGUCAAGUGUAAAUGCAAUCAUCUGACGAACUUCGCCAUGCUUAUAAGUCCUUACAGGCCAUCUGAAAGAGAUGAAAAUAUACUUGGUAUCAUGUCCAUUGUUGGAUGCUCUAUCUCAGGACUUUUCAUCUUGAUCACACUUGUUGUCCAUCUUGCAUAUUGGAGGUUAAUGAAAAGUGACAAGACAAUAUUGGUUGUUUGUCUGUGUGUUGCAUUCAUUGUCAGUUAUAUCCUGUUUCUUGGAGGAGUUACACAGACAUCAAAUGAGACGGCUUGUACGGCAGUUGCUGUAGCUCUACAUUAUGUGUUUCUGGUACUAUUUUUUCUCAUGCUGGCCGAGGGAAUCACUGUAUUUAUCACAGUUACCUUCCCUUUCCACAAAAAGUCACAUUUAAUAGAACUUCUUAUUGCCGCUUUUGUUAUCCCAUUGGUUAUCACUGGAACGACUGCUGGAGUAUCAAAGCUUGAAGGAUAUGGAAAUAAAAACAACUGUUGGCUGAAACCAGACACAUGGCUUUUCUGGACGUUCGCUGGACCAGCCUGUGCCGUUAUACUGGCAAAUUAUAUUACUAUCGGAUUAUUUUUCCGGAGACUCUUUGGAACAAAAGCAUCACAUGUAAAAACCCUAAAGGAAAAGGCCAAAAUGACAGCAGUAGCUAUCGGUGUAUUAACACCUGUUAUGGGUCUUACAUGGGUGUUUGGUAUUUUCUCUGUAAACGAAGAAACGAUUUGGUUACAGUAUGUGUUUUGUGUGUUAACUAGCUUUCAGGGCAUUCUGAUUUUUCUGUUCCAUUGUGUUGGUAAUAAACAGCUACGUAAAGUUAUGAAGAUAAAUAAAGAGCGAAAACGUACGAUGGAAGAAUUUAGUUCUGAACUUAAGGAAAAGAUAAAGCAUAGAUUUGGCCAUCUUAAUACCACAUCUGAUGAAAGCAAUUUGUCAACAACAAGAGAUAAUUGCAGCACUGACGGUAAAGACGGUGUAGUUAAUGACAAUGAAAGCAGACAGGCUAAAGAUGAACCUCAUUACCCAACUCUCGAAACGGGAAGGAAUGGAAGUAUUACUGUGGAGAACUCUAAUAAUCCCGAACUUGUGGAAAAUAUGAAGCAAGAAGUAGCUGACCAACUUAAUGACCCAACUGCAGACAGCAACUUCCUUACUGCAAAUGCUGCUUUGGACACCAAUGAUACGAAAUGCAACCAGGAAGCCCGUGAAACCGUUUCCCCACAUCUGGAAGAUGCUGGUGACGAUGAUGAUAUAACAAGAAUUCAGGAAGAUCAGCCAAUAGGAUGUAUCAAUCCAAAUUUUGAUACAAAUUCCUCAUUAAAAGAAGAUAAGAAAGUCAAGUUUAAUGAAAGUUCAACCGAUCAGCAGUCGGCUUCUGCGGACAUUACCAGUACGAAAUGCAACCAGGAAGCCCGUGAAACCGUUUCCCCACAUCUGAAAGAUGCUGGUGACGAUGAUAAUAUAACAAGAAUUCAGGAAGAUCAGCUCACAGAAUCAGCUGAUUAUGAUAACAGUAUAGAUAAACGUGACACCACAAAAAGCGAUGCUGAUGUUGUUAAGGAAGCUGAACUUGCUCGAAAACCAAAUGAUAAUGGUCAAGAUAUUAUGCGCAGUGAUCUUGACAACGCAGAAAGUGAUAUAAAUGGUGUUGAUCAAACUGCGAUUUCGCGAAACUCGAAAAGCCAAGAUAUGAUGCGCAAUAAAUGUGAAAACACCGAAAGCGAAACUGACGAUGUUAAUAGAGCUGAACUUUGAUGCAAUUCAGAUGACGGCAUUCCAUUGGCUUUACAUGAUAAAGAAACAAUUCCAAUGGGAUGUAUCAAUCCAAAUUUUUAUACAAAUUUCUAAUCAAAAGAAGAUAAGAACAUCAGGUUUAAUGAAAGUUCAACCGAUCAGCAAUCGGCUUCUGCGGACAUUACCAGUACUUCUUCAAACGUGGUUAGUUAUGCUCGCAAUAAACACGGCAGUUUAAUCACUGAACAACAUCCCGACAAGGAAUCGAACAAGACCGACGGCACAAUCAUCACAACGAUACAGAAAGAGGAAGUGGAAUCUGGCUGCAUCGUUAAAAUGUAAGGGCUAUGUAUGAACAUGAAAACACUUGAGUUUCCUUAAAACAAAACUGUUAUGCAACAUAGAUUCAUAUUGAUCGUCCUGAAACAUAACCGGAAUGUCCAAUGACAGUCCUAUUAAUACAAUUCGUUGUAACGUACAAUGGUCCAUGUCUUGAGUUUUAGACUUUGAAACAUAGCCAUCAGACUGCAGAGACUGAUGUGGGGCUUCUGCACUGUUUUAGUGCGUCAACAGUGUUUCCGGAUUUGCAGUAAAAAUAUGUUUCUGAUACAUUCGUUAACCUGUUUAAUUGUGUACAUAUUCGUUUCUCAUACUAUCAAUUAAAAUUAUCUUUAUAUUUUUUCCAGAAAACGUUCUUCAGUGUAUAAAUGAAAAUUGUAUUGAAAGCGGCUCAUUUGUUUAAAAGAAACAUUCAUGUGUUAUCAUUGUUGUAGGUAGUUUUCAUUAAACUGUUUACUAUAAUUUCAAAUAUAGAGAUUUUGUCAGUUAAUGGUGUUGAUAAUCUACAUCACGCUGAAUAUAUAACUAACCUUUGUCAAUCUCAUCACAAUAUCCAUUGCAUUAUGGCCAAGAGCACCAGACAAUGUUAUUGAAGAAGAAUAGAUAUCGUACGUGAAAAUAUUUAGCUGCCUUUUUUGGACCAACCAUGUUUAAAUUAAGUUCGCCGCACUAUCGGCCAAAUCAUAUUCUUUCAAAGAGUUUUUGACCUCAUCUUUUAAGAUUCUAAAGCACAAGUUUAUGUGUGACAUUGCUUUACUGUUGGGGUAGUAAAAAUAUCUGACUGGCUCACGAAUUAUGCAUAAACGAAACAGGACAGAGACCCCUGAAGUCGAAUGAAGUCGUAUGAAAAGUCCAGCUACUUUUUAAAGAGAUGCUCGAUUUGCGAUGUAUAGGUAUCAAUAAGAUACAAAUAAAGUAUAUAAUAAAGGCCACAGUCAUUGUGUUAAGUAUACUUAUUAUAUUGAUGUUUAAUAGGAAAAUAAAAUUGCAUUAUAUUGUACAGAUAUACGUUCGUGAAUAAUUUGACAUUUAUA